AUGCCAUGUCGCGCCCUCGGGACAAGGGGCUUCCCAGCUCUUAGACGACACCAAUCUUUCCCGACUUCCCUCAUACCGCCUCAUCGUCGAUCCGGGACUUCCACCAAAGGCAUUCGGGAGGUACCCCUCCUUUCGUCGUGGAGCUCAGCCGUGUUUGAACACGCCUACAGGCAGCGUCUCCCUGCUCGCCUCCCUCGCUCAAGGGCACAUCUUCCCGCCGCGUGUGCGAAAUGGUUCGUUCACGACGAUGACCUGGGCUUUGAUCUUUUCAGCGGUGAUGAUGGGAGGAUGAUCAACGUCCCUCGCUCGUCUGAACUACGCGCUUCAUUCUGGUCCGAGCAUGAAUCCACCUUUGUCCCAUUGGAGAUAACUACCACCAGAGGUGCUUCUACUUCUCCUUCUUUUUAUCAUCUUGCUGGUGAGCGUGCCAGCAGCGCUCCGGGCCAGAGCGAGGAGAGAUUCGAGCGCAUCGAGGCCCCCUUGAAGAUCCUGAUCGCGUAUCUCUCCAAGCCAACAACAACAGGAACCACUGCCGACUCUUCCCCACUGGCCAAGGAGGAUGUAUCAAUCUACCUCGCGCAGUGCGAUCUCCUCUCCCUCCCGGCUUCAAUGCAGUCCGACGUGCCUAUUCCCGCACUACUCCACCCUUCUUCCACUUCCUCUUCCCGCAGCGCAAUCAAAGGCGACAUCUACACAUCCUCCCUCUGGCUGGGCCGUCCCCCGACAUACACGCCCUUGCACCGCGACCCGAAUCCGAACCUAUUCAUCCAGCUGGCCGGCCAAAAGACCAUUCGCCUCUUACCUCCGGACAUCGGCGAUGCAUUGUUUCACGACGUCGUCACCACCACAACGUCGUCUCCGACCAUGUCUCCUUCGGGCCCAACUCCAUUCUCAACAACCAUCAGAGGCGAAGAGAUGAUGUACGGACCGCAGAAAGCCGCGCUCCACGACGCCGUCUGGAAUCCGUCGAGCAUCUACAGCGACCUUGUCCGGACCCAUGGCUUGCAGACGACGUUAGGACUGGGCGACGCACUCUUCACGCCCCAGGGGUGGUGGCAUAGCGUCAAGGGGGUGGGUGAAGGCGUAACGGCGAGUGUGAAUUGGUGGUUUCGCUGA